GAGGGAGGGAGGACAGACAAGCAGGGGAGCAGGCAGGUGAGCAGGGGAACAGGCCUGAGCCUUUGUAAGUGUGACUGGGAAGGAUGUUUUUAUUGGUCUUGUCACCUACAGAUGCCCCCUCCAACCCCAGCUUGGUAAGGCAAGCCCUUGGGAGCGGUCUUGCUAUGCCACUGGUCACGUGCCUUGUCCUGUGACCUGGCUUUCGUUCAUUGCGUGUCCGGCCCCAGCUGGGAGACCCCUGUGGAAAGGGCCUGCAGGAUGAGUAGUGGGAGGAGAGGUUGGGGAGUUAUUACUGGGCAGUGAACCAUUGCGGACAGAGCUCUGCCCCCUUCUUGGAUGGCUGGAGAGCCAGAGGUGCCCAACAGGUUCUGUCCUAAAGGGGCAGUGCCUUGGAGAAUGUGGUGACCGAGACUAGGCUGCGUCUGCUCCCCUAGUCAAUAAUGGUGCCAUUGCAGUAUUCAUCGUCAUCCAGUUCACCCAUUUGAAGGCCUGGUGGCUUCAGCACAUCCUCAGGGCUAUCUUCACAGCACCACAGUCAACUUUAGAGUAGUUUCCUCACUUGGAAACCCUGGGCCUAGGAUGGGCUCUCCCACCCCUCCUGUCCCAGCUCCCGGUAACGACCAUUUCCUUUCUGUCCUUUUGGACGUGCCCAUCUGUGGAAUUAUGCUGUACCAUGUGACUUCUUCCUCUGAGUGUUUUUCAAGCGGCAUCCAUGUAUCUGGGUGGCAUCUGGGUGGAUUUAUCCUUAUGGCAGAUGGCAUUGCACGGCGUGGACAAAGCACACGUUGUUUAUCUGUUUAUUGGCUGCCAGGGAAGUCUUUCCCCUUUGGGGCUGGUGUGAGUGAUCGUGCAGUGGACAUCCGCAAACUAAUGUCUGUGGUCAUUCUUGAGUGUGAACCUAGAAAUGGAAGUGACCCUGUCGUAGUUCUGUUUAGGGGAGUAGACGAGGGUCCCCUUACUCUGGGGUUUGGACCAUGAGGGAAUGAGAAUGAGGUAUAUUCUUGUGAUACAUUGUGAACUUAGCCAGCUCCUAAUGAUAACUUCCGUUCCUUUUUUUUUUUUUUUUUCCUUUUCUUUUUAGAAGGAAGAAGUUGUUGUGACUCUCUUACCAGCUGGUCACUGCCCAGGUUCAGUUAUGAGACUUCAGACUGGCGAAAGGAGAAGUUUCCAGAAUGGAGCUUCUGCACUCUGGGGGCAGAGUAAAAGACAUCCAAAGUGUAUAUUUAGACACCACUUUCUGUGACCCAAGGUUUUAUCAAAUUCCAAGUCGUGAGGAGUGCUUGAGGGGCGUUCUGGAGCUGGUUCGGAGCUGGAUCACGAGGAGUCCGAAGCACGUCGUGUGGCUGAACUGCAAGGCCGCCUACGGCUAUGAGUACUUAUUCACCAACCUGAGUGAGGAGCUGGGAGUCCAGGUUCAUGUGGACAAGCUGGACAUGUUUAAAAACAUGCCUGAUAUCCUGCACCAUCUCACAACGGAUCGAAACACCCAGAUCCACGCCUGCCGCCACCCGAAGGCAGAAGAGUAUUUUCAGUGGAAUAAGUUACCCUGUGGCAUGGCUUCCAAAACUAAAACUGUACUCCACACAAUCAGCAUCAAGCCAUCUACCAUGUGGUUUGGAGAGAGGACCAGAAAAACAAACGUGAUUGUGAGAACCGGAGAGAGCUCAUACAGAGCUUGCUUCUCUUUCCACUCCUCCUACAGUGAGAUUAAAGAUUUUUUGAGCUACAUCUGCCCAGUGAAUGCGUAUCCAAAUGUCAUUCCGAUCGGCCUCACUGUGGAUAAGGUCAUGGACUUUUUAAAGCCUCUGUGCCGCUCUUCCCAAUGUGCUGAACCAAAGUACAAGCCCCUCGGGAAACUGAAGAGAGCUAGAACAGUUCACCUUGACUCAGAGGAAGAUGAUGAUCUCUUUGAUGACCCUCUACUAACACAUUCAAGGCGCAAAGUUCCGUACCAAGUAACUCUUCACCCUGAGGUAUUUUCAAUGAAGGCACUACCGCUAGAUCAGCCUGAACUGGGACAAAGCCCCGGAUGCUGUAAAGCAGAGAGUAUGCCGAGUCCUUCUUUGGCCAACUUUGUGGACUGUGACGAGUCCAACAGUGACAGUGAAGGAGAGUUAGAGACCCCGCCUUCUCUGCAGGGAGGUCUCGGCCCCACAACACUCCCACAGCAAAACGCUGAUCCGGAUGUGGAUGUACCUCGGUGGGAAGUAUUCUUCAAAAGAAAAGAUGAAAUCACAGAUGAAUGUUUGGAAAACUUACCUUCCUCCAUAGAGACAGGGGGAUCGCAGUCACCAAAGCGUUUCAGUGACUCACCAAAGCUGGGCAGUGACUCUGAUGGAGAAUCCACCCAUAUCUCUUCCCAGAAUUCAUCUCAGUCAACCCACAUAACGGAUCAAGGAAGCCAAGGCUGGGACAGCCAGUGUGAUACCGUUUUGUUAUCUUCCCAAGAGAAAAGUGGUGGGGAUAGCACCUCUUUGAACAAGGAUACCUACAAACCAAAACCCAAAGAUAGUAUUUCUGCCUCCCAAAUAGAACAGAAUGCACUUUGUCCACAGGAUACUCACUGUGAUUUGAAAAGCGGAGCUGAAGUAAAUGGAGUCCCUUGUAUUGAAGAACCAGACACUGUGAGUGGCAGGAAAUCUUCACCUGAGAAAACAUCGCUAACCAGCACACAGGCAGACUCACAGAGCUCCUCUGACUUUGAAAUCCCCUCAACUCCAGAAGCUGAGCUUCCCAAGCCAGAGCAUUUACAGUUCUUAUAUGGAAAGCUGGCAACAGGUGAGAGUAUAGUGUUGAAAAAAGAAAAUGUUCACUCCCAGAUAUUUAAAUAAAACUCAUUCUAGCAAGGAUAUCCAGUCUUUUGCUGUUGCAACACAAUGACACACAUAAAUGUGCUGGGCAGCAGGCACAGCUGUGGGUGUGUGGCCUGGUGGGUAACACACUUGUCAGACCAACCCCUGAAAAGUGAAGUGAAGCAUCUGUGUAAUAAAAGAGCAAAAUAUUAGAAGGAUGAUCAAAUCACCUAAAAGAGAAACAGGCUGAAAACAGUGCUGCGUGAGAUGGUAGAAUUAAGUCUAAACAUAUAAUCACAUGAAAUACAAAUGAUGUAAAAAGAUUUAUAAAGAGUCCACGAAAAACAUGGGCCAACUAUGUGCUGUUGAUAGACGACUCAAGCGAGAGAGAAUGUGAAGGAAGUUAAAGAAAGCCAGUGUAUACUAUAAGAGCAGACACCGUCCCCGACAGAACGUCUGACUCGCCGAGAUGUAAUGGUGAGUGUCCUUGCCUAGAAUGGAGGAAGCUCUGGUUCAGUCCCCAGGACUCCUUCCACAAGAGACCAAACAAUACAGACACAAAACACUUAACACACUUCUCCUAGAGAACCAGUGCACACACAGGAAAUCAGCAAGACAAGAACUCACCACCACCAGCAAUUGGAUCUGACAGACAAGAGGAUUUUACUUCACAGCAGAAUACAUCUCUUCAAGUAUACAAGAACCAUUCCUCCACCAAGUACACUGUCUUGAGUCACUACAACAGUCUAGAAGAACUAUAGUAAACUGACAGCAGGAGGGGAAACCAGGACCUUAUGACGGCUGGAGAGCUGGCUUAGCAGUUUCGAGCACUUGUCGGAUUUGUUGGAGGACCCAGCUUUGGUUCCCUACAUCCACAUGGUGGCUCAUACAGAAAACAAAAAUAAACCUUAAAAGCUACCAGCAGGCCAGGCAAGGCUGUGUUCUAGAAGCUGAGACCAGAGAGAGAGUUGGAGGUCAAGCCUGAGCAGUGUAGCAAGAGUUUGUUUACCAAUGUAGUGAUAGCACUGAAACUACAACAAUCAGAACGUAAAAAUACUUAAAUGUUUAACAUAUAUGUUCUAUGAAUUGUUAAACUGCCUUAAAGUACAAUGCUUUUGUAUUGAUGUAUAUGGGUUAAUAAAGCUUUAUAAAUAUUUUCAUAA